AUGUUGCCUCAGCAGAUUCUUGCAACAAUUGCCCUAACCACUUCGGCCUCUGCCUCUGCGAUGAACAUGCGCCGAGCUGCGGACCCCAUCAUGGGCCCGGCCACUUGCGGAGUCGGUGGUAAGGAACGAUACCUCGACCACGACGACCUGGUCAAGACCGUCGAAGAAUUCGCCGCCUGGGUCGAAAGGGGAGCCAACGGACAAGUUGACGCUGCCGGCAAGUUCCACUACAGCCUCCACUACGACUCGGACGAUGUCACUCUAUUCGCGUGCGACUACAAGUCAAACAGUGCAGGAAGUGUGAUUACCGGACAACUAAUCCGCAAAGCCUUGGGCAGCAAUGGCUGGCUCGACCAGCAGUGCAACACGGACAAUGCUGGCUACGAACGAAGCAACGAUCUUUCGGUUGGGCGUACCUUUGUAAGCUCUUAUUCAUUGCCACUUGUUCUUGUUGAUACCUGGAACUAA